ACAUCUUAUAAAAGCGCAGAUUUUGGGUUUUGUUUUCUUCUAUAGAUCUAAAGACGCUAGAUUUUUGAUUGAAUUAUACUUGUAUCGUUAUCAGCUAGAGAAGAUGUCGCUCUUGAAUCAACUCUUCAACAGAGGCGUUCUUGGCGCUAAAUGUAAGACAUGUUUGAACCUAGCAAUUGCACGAAUUAAAUUGCUGCAAAAUAAGAGGGAUGUGCAACUUAAGCUUAUGAGAAAGGAGAUUGCCCAAUUUCUUCAGGCUGGUCAAGAAGCUAUAGCUCGAAUAAGGGUAGAGCAUGUUAUACGUGAACAGAACAUAUGGGCUGCAUAUGAAAUCUUAGAGCUGUUUUGCGAAUUCAUCCUUGCACGUGUACCAAUCCUUGAAAAUCAAAGGACAUGCCCUCCUGAAAUGCGAGAAGCCAUUGCAAGCAUAAUCUUCGCAGCUCCCAGAUGUUCGGACUUGCCUGAUCUACUAACUUUGAGGAACUUAUUUGCUGCCAAAUACGGGAAGGAAUUUGUUGCAGCCGCUUCUGAGCUUCGUCCAGAUACAAGCGUUAACAGAACAAUAGUAGAGAAAUUGUCUGUUUACGCCCCAUCUGGCGAAUCAAAGCUCAACCUACUGAAAGAAAUCGCUCGAGAGUUCAAUCUGGAAUGGGAUUCAUCGCAAACUGAAGCUGAGUUCAGUAAAAAACCCGAGGAUCUUCUGAAUGGACCAAAACCUGUAUCUAGUUCCACACUUCCUCAGUCCGAAACGAAAGCACAUUCGAAUGGUUCCUCCUCUCAAACAAGCCAAGCCCGAGAGCAAAUUCAGUCUCCAAUUCCUACUAACUCUAUUACCUUUUGUGGCGAAAAUAGUACAAACGCCGAACCACCAAAACCAAGGCCUUCUGAUGUGUUGGAGAGAGCUCAAGCAGCCAUUGCUGCUGCUGGGCGUGCCAUAGCCAUGGCACGAGCUGCUGCAGAGCUAGCGAAUGUCAAAUUCAUGGUUCCCAAUGUUGGAGAAAUGAAGUGUUGAAUAAAACUAUACAUAUGUUCUUUUUUGUGCUUUACAUUAAAGUAUUUAUUUAUGAUUUCACCAGAAAUGUACCUAUAGUUUCAUAAAUAAAGAAUAUUACAUGGAAGAAAAUCAAAGCAUGGAUAUAUUGGAUAAAAGUGUUAUCUUUAUAAGAACUCAUCAAAUAUAUAUAUUGGAUAAAUGUCAUUUUGAUUUAAGUACUUUCUUC